AUGAGAAGGCUCUAUAACACUGGCGAUGGCACAAUUAUAUCUGGCUCUACCAACGGUAGACUGGACACUACCAACUACGGCGGUCCUGUUGGUCGUCUCACUCCCGAAACACUCAUCGAGAGCGUUAGUGAAGUUCUAGAUAUUGCUCAGAUCGCUAUCGUCAAUUUCACAGGGGGGGUAGAUGGUGCUACCAGUGCGAAUGCUGGUUCCGAUCGCUUCUUGAAUAUCUCUAUGGACGCCCAGAAGCGUCUUUGUAGUCCUGAUUCCGACAUUGUUGGGGCUGUCAUGAUCCACGGCACCAACACAUUGGUGGAUACAGUCUUUGGCGUUGACCUUACCCUCAACUGCUCCAAGCCUUUCGUCGCCACAGGAUCGAUGCGUCUCAACUCUGCACUCUCAGCCGAUGGACCGUCCAAUUUUUACGACGCUGUUCGAACUACUGUUCACCCUGAAGCUCGAGACCGCGGUGCUCUCAUUGCCAUGAACGACCACCUCGUCUCGGCGUUUUACGCUACAAAGACAAAUGAGGGCUUCGACGCUGAUCUCCUCUACUCUGCGGCUAAGAAUGGUGCCAAAUGA